UUCACAUGAGCCACGCAACAAAAAGGCCUAAUUCCCCCCUCACCCUCUCCCGUUUGCACCACCACCAAUCUCUCUCUCUCUCUAAGAUCUCUAUCUAUCUAAAGAUCUGAGCUACAAUUAAUUAAAACCUGAUAAGAAGAAGACCCUGAGCUCAAUCCCUUCUUAUUAUACUAUAUAUAUACUUCUGUAUUUGUGCACAGUGUUGGUACAGGUAUCUGCAGACAGCCAUAUCUAUCUUUCUAGCUAAUUGGCAAUAUGCCUGAAGUCCACUGCUCGUCCUAAGAUUUACUUCUCCACCCCCCCCCCUCUCCUUUGCUUCUUCUUCUUCAUCAUCAUCUUCUUCCUCCUCCUGUUAAUUAAGUUCUUGAUUUCUAAGCUAGCAAUUGAGCACACAUCGAUCGCGAGAGACGCAGCGGCGCCCGUCUACCGCGGGGCUAGAGGAAUGUCGGCACAGAUCGUGCCGGCGCCGGAGCAUGUGUGCUACGUGCACUGCAACUUCUGCAACACAAUUUUCGCGGUCAGUGUUCCAAGCAAUAGCAUGCUAAACAUCGUGACCGUCCGUUGUGGCCAUUGCACUAGCCUGUUGUCAGUGAACUUGCGAGGAUUGGUCCAAGCACUCCCAGCAGAAGAUCAUUUACAGGACAAUUUGAAGAUGCACAAUAUGAGCUUCCGCGAAAACUACUCUGAAUAUGGCUCAUCUUCCAGAUAUGGCCGAGUGCCAAUGAUGUUCUCAAAAAAUGACACAGAGCAUAUGCUGCACGUGCGACCUCCAGAGAAGAGGCAGCGGGUUCCUUCAGCUUAUAACAGAUUUAUCAAGGAAGAGAUCCGGAGGAUAAAAGCAAACAAUCCUGACAUAAGCCACAGAGAAGCCUUCAGUACUGCAGCAAAGAAUUGGGCGCAUUUCCCGAACAUCCAUUUCGGGUUAGGCUCCCAUGAGAGCAGCAAGAAGCUCGAUGAGGCCAUUGGAGCUCCUAGUCCCCAAAAGGUUCAAAGGCUGUAUUGAUCGAGUACACAUGAUGAUCGAUGGAUCCUACGUGCUUGUUGAUCUCAUGUUGUAAGUAACUUAAUUAAGAAAAAAAGUCUACGCUUAUUUAUUUCUUAAGUAUCAUCAGUUAAAUUUGUGAGCGAGUAUAUAGAUGAGUUGUCAUGAUCAGUGAGUGAUCGUAUGCAUGCAGUGCUGAGAAUUAAAGGUGUAUAUGCAUGAGUAACGUUACAUGCAGCUAGUGUCGACGCACGUAUGACAGACUGAAUAAACUCUUCACCAUGUUGUUUUUUUAUGUUUGAAAUGAAUUAAUUAAUUGUCCAUGAUUGCAAUCCA